GACUCUGUGUCCAAAACGACAGAGAUCAAUUCUGGUAGAACCGGCAGGCAUUCGCGGCUCGGGCACUCUGGAGAUUACUAAUUCUUUAGUAAACUGAGGUGGCCGCGGUAACAACACUCUUUAGAGCUGGUCUCACCCAGAAAUCGUACCAAGGUCACUUCUCAUAGCAAAAGUUCCAAAAAGGCGCUCCAUUCGCGACAAGUGCAGGACCAUUCGCGCGACCACGCCUCUGGCCUGUCUUCUACGUGGGCUGUUUAAAGGUCUCAAGUGAGGCAGAGUCCUCGAGCAAAAGAGCCAGGGUGCAGAACGCCCGCACCCAAUCCUUGUUCUCUGGCCUGUGACCGCAUUCGGCCCGCCCUCCGCACCUCUAUAAGAGGCACGCCGAAGAGCGCACUCGGAGCACCGCCCCCAGGCGCGCUACUUCUCCCGCUCCUCUAGCGCCGCACCACUGUCCCCACAGCUAUAGGACACUGGUUCCUCCCCUUCGCGGCCCCCAGCACGGGGUGACUUGGCGUCUCCUCUGCUUUCUUGCUCUCCCGGACUUAGGCAGUCUUCCACGGUGCUGAUUCGCAGGUGAGCAGCGCUGCAGCGCCGCUGCUCGGCAAGCUCACCUUGCACAGCCCAGUGCCGGCGCAAAACUCUGGUACCCUGAAUGAUGAAGAACCCGAUGCUGGAAGCAGCGUCUCUCCUCCUGGAGAAGUUGCUCCUCAUCUCCAACUUCAAACUCUUCAGCGUGUGUGCUCCAGGAGGAGGGACAGGGAGGAACCGUCCCUAUGAAAUCAGCUCUUUUCUCCGGGGCGAUGUGCUGGAGGUGUCACGGACUCAUUUUACCCACUACGGGAUCUACCUGGGGAACAACCGUGUAGCCCAUCUAAUGCCUGACAUCCUGUUGGCGCUGACCAAUGACAAGGGACGUACUCAGAAGGUGGUCUCCAAUAAGCGUCUCAUCCCCGGAGUGAUUUGCAAGGUGGCCAGCAUCCGUGUGGACACAGUAGAGGACUUUGCCUACGGAGCAGACAUCCUCGUCAAUCACCUAGACGAGACUCUCAAGAAGAAAUCAUUGCACAACGAGGAGGUGGCAUGCAGGGCUGAGCAGCAAUUGGGGCUGAUUCACUACAGCCUACUGUGGAACAACUGCGAACACUUUGUGACCUACUGCAGAUAUGGUGCUCGGAUCAGUCCGCAGGCUGAGAAGUUUUAUGAGACUGUGAAGAUCAUCAUCCGUGAUCAGAGAAGCUGUCUUGCUUCAGCUGUCGUGGGACUGGUGUCCAUUGUCUACACGGGCCUGGCAUCGUAUGUGGCCCUUCCUGCACUCUGUAUUCCUUUCUGCUUGUGGAUGAUGUCUGGCUAGCUUCCAGUCGUCACCUGAAUGUGUAUGUAUUUUGUGUGGGACUAUGUUUAUAUUUAUAGAAUACAAAACAUUAUAAGCUUGUUGAGAAAAUGUGGCUUUCAACACUGUGUUCUAGAUUUUAAACAAGUGAUUAAGAACCCUCUGAAGUGCUUACCAUGUAAGCCACAACAGAGCCUUUCUGCGUCCUCUGGGACAGGCCUGCUGUGGAGCAGGACAGCCUGUCUGGACUCAGCGGCCCCAGAAAAGCAGCCCCUGAGGUGACAGCCACAGGAGAUUGCUUGGGUCACUCCUUUCCUCCUGUAAUCAUUCUGCUGCUAGGCUUACCAACUGAUCACUAACUUCACUGUAAAUGUAUUCUGCUCACUGAAUGACUGACACCAAAGGCAACAUUUUCCCUCAUUUUGAUGAACAUAUUUGAUAAUUAGCCAUAAAGAAACAAAAUCUCA